UCUUGCGGCAUUCACCGUCUUUAAUUUAAUUAAUUGUUCAAUUCAUGGAUGGUGGUGGGUUCGCUGCUUCUUCUUCUUCUUUAUCCCCACUUUGACUUUUCUUGGUCAAACUCUGUGGCGCCAUUUAACCCACUUCCUAUUUCAAGAUUCAUUCACAAUUUGUCGACAAAACUUAACAACUGAUUCAUUUGAAUAUUUGGUUUCAAAAUGGGUGCAAAAAGCAACGAUUUUUAUCAGGUUUUGGGGCUGGAAAAGGGUUGCACUGAAGCAGAGCUCAAGAAUGCUUACAAAAAGCUUGCACUGAGAUGGCAUCCAGAUCGUUGUUCUGCAUUGGGUAACUUGAAGCAUGUGGAAGAAGCAAAGAAGAAGUUUCAGGCGAUUCAAGAAGCAUAUUCUGUACUUUCAAAUGCCGACAAAAGAUUUAUGUAUGAUGUUGGAGUUUAUGACAGUGAUGAUGACGAAAAUGGGAUGGCUGAUUUCUUGAGUGAAAUGGCAGAUAUGAUGAGUCAAAACAAGCCUACUGAAAACGGGGGCGAGACGUUUGAGGAACUUAAGGAUUUGUUUGAGGAGAUGUUUCAAAGUGAUAUCGAAUCACUUAGUUCAUCUUCUCAAACGGGAAGCUCGAAUUCUUAUUCGUCUUUGUUUUCAAGUUGUGGUGAAAGCUCGGGGUCCCACAAACGAGGUUCCUCGGAGAUGUUAAACGUCAAGGUUGAAGACGAUUUUCAAGGGUUUUGCAUAGGGACAAGCGCGCUACCAGCCGGACGGUAUGAGGAAAGGGGUCGGGGAAGGAGCGUGAGAAGUACGUCUUCGAGAAAAGGAGCAUCGCUUAGAACGAGUGUCCGGUUUUAGUUUUAGAUUCAGCAAAUUCUGUUUUUCUUUACUUUCCUUCAAUGCAAUGAUGUUGCUAAUGGUUUGUAAUAUUGUUCAUUACAUUCUAUUAAUUCUAACAACUCAACAUAUUCAUAUAUAUGUAUUAAUCCAUAACAUACGACCAAUAGUGUCUAUUUUGUCU